AUGGUCAUAAUCAAACAGUUCAACCCCGCGCCCGGGGGAGAGAAGACCCAUGCUUCGAGGUUACGCAUGUCAUCCCGAGCGUGCCAUAGAUGCCGUACACUCCACAAGAAAUGUGACAUUCGGAGCAGGAGCCAGACGUGCUCAAACUGCGAAGCCGGGGGCGCUUCGUGUAGGGGCGGUGGAACUAGCGAACUUCAAAUACGAUUUAGCGGGUUGAGCCAUCCUGUAGAAGUCGCAGACGCAAGUCCCUUGUCCAAAACACGGUCUAGAACACGGGGAGAUCGGAGGAGAUCGAACAGACCGCUGCUUGCCGCCACCGAUAACGAGGACAGUGGUGAUGUUGUUGACGCCCCAUGGCAACUUGCAUCUGAGGCGCCACCACUCAUUGAAGAGGAAGCUUCAGGCUCUACUCACACCCUAGAUGUCGAUAAUGGCUCUGCCCAGGCUUCAUUCCGCCCACAGCCAUUGCCUUCACACGAGGCCAAACUUGUGAAACACUUCCUCACUACUUUGAUACCCUGGUUUGACUACUGCUGGCCAAGUGGACCUUUUGGGUCCUACAUCAAGUCGACUUUGCGCCGGGAUCCGGGGAUACUAUAUGCUGUCCUGGCCGUCUCGGCGAGAUACCUCGAGGCAGUCCGCUCAGAGGAAUGGGACUCCAAUGAGUACGAACGGAAGUGCCUCGGCAUCUUGAUUCCGAUGUUGAACGACAGGAACGUGGCGGAACCGCAGGGAGACGGGGUUCUCGUGUCCGCGUUGCUUCUGCGGCUCCUGGACGAGAUGACCGACCCAUCCGACAGCCACUUGGUCAUCAGACAUACGGUCUCAGCGCCUGUUCUCCUACGUAUGAGGCAACACAAUUUACAGCCGACGGAGCUGAGCAACGCCGCAAUGGCCAUCGUCCUAAGGCAGGAGAUCUUUGUCGCGAACAUGGUCAAACGUCCCGUUGAGCUCCUGGGCGAGGACUGCGGAAUCGAUGGCGGCCUAGGCCCAGCGUCUGAUGUGAUAUGGGCGCAUCGCAUGACGGCGCACGCAGCACGCGUCACCAACUUCGCAUAUGGCAACGAGCGACGCACUACAGAUCUCUGGGAUCAUCUUUGGCGGUACCUGGACAGUUGGGACCAAGCAAAGCCCUCUUCAUUCGAACCUCUCAACGAUAUCGACGGCAUCGGACCAAAGGACCGGGCUUCAACUUUUCCAGACAUCUACUACAUUCACGACUGCGCUGUGAGCGGCCGGCAGUACCUGGAGAUUUGCAAGAUCAUCCUCCUGGCGCAUGAUCCUCGCACGCCGAGUCUGGGCCUGGGGCGAGCAAGCUAUGUCAAGGCGCAGGAGGAAAAGAUUAGGGAAUCGGUCCGCAUCGUCUGCGGAAUCUGGAUGUCGAACGAGGAGCAUGUUCCGGCGCGGGUGUUGGUGGGCCUAGCAAUUGGUAUCGCGGGCGAGCUUUUCACAGAUCCAGAUGAGACCAGGCACCUGCACAAAAUAGUCCUGGAAGCUGAGAGGCACGUCGGAUGGCCAUGUCUCAAGGUUAGCCCCAGCUUGCAGGCCUUUUGGGGCUUGGACGAUGCAGACAUUGCUCGUUGA